UCGCCGGGCGCGCCCGGCCUCGCCCCACGCCCGGCAGUCCCCGCCGCUGCUGCCGCCCUCGGCUGCCGCCGAGGCCUCCCGCAGCCGCCAUGUCCGCCAGCGCUGUGUACGUGCUGGACCUGAAGGGCAAGGUGCUCAUCUGUCGCAACUACCGUGGCGAUGUGGACAUGUCCGAGGUGGAGCACUUCAUGCCCAUCCUGAUGGAGAAGGAGGAGGAGGGGAUGCUGUCGCCCAUCCUGGCCCACGGCGGCGUCCGCUUCAUGUGGAUCAAGCACAACAACCUCUACUUGGUCGCCACCUCCAAGAAGAACGCGUGCGUGUCACUGGUCUUCUCCUUCCUCUACAAGGUGGUGCAGGUGUUCUCCGAGUACUUCAAGGAGCUGGAGGAGGAGAGCAUCCGGGACAACUUCGUCAUCAUCUACGAGCUGCUGGAUGAGCUCAUGGACUUCGGCUACCCCCAGACCACCGACAGCAAGAUCCUGCAGGAGUACAUCACGCAGGAAGGCCACAAGCUGGAAACGGGGGCCCCGCGGCCCCCCGCCACUGUCACCAACGCAGUGUCCUGGCGGUCAGAGGGCAUCAAGUACCGGAAGAACGAGGUCUUCCUGGACGUCAUCGAGUCCGUCAACCUCCUGGUGAGCGCCAACGGCAACGUGCUGCGCAGCGAGAUCGUGGGCUCCAUCAAGAUGCGCGUCUUCCUCUCGGGCAUGCCCGAGCUGCGCCUCGGCCUCAACGACAAGGUCCUCUUCGACAACACGGGCCGCGGCAAGAGCAAGUCGGUGGAGCUGGAGGACGUGAAGUUCCACCAGUGUGUGCGGCUCUCGCGCUUCGAGAACGACCGCACCAUCUCCUUCAUCCCGCCUGACGGCGAGUUCGAGCUCAUGUCCUACCGGCUCAACACACACGUCAAGCCCUUGAUCUGGAUCGAGUCCGUGAUCGAGAAGCAUUCCCACAGCCGCAUCGAGUACAUGAUCAAGGCCAAGAGCCAGUUCAAGCGGCGGUCCACGGCCAACAACGUGGAGAUCCACAUUCCCGUGCCCAACGACGCAGACUCGCCCAAGUUCAAGACGACCGUGGGGAGCGUCAAGUGGGUGCCCGAGAACAGCGAGAUCGUGUGGUCCAUCAAGUCCUUCCCCGGCGGCAAGGAGUACCUGAUGCGGGCCCACUUCGGGCUGCCCAGCGUGGAGGCCGAGGACAAGGAGGGCAAGCCCCCAAUCAGCGUCAAGUUUGAGAUCCCCUAUUUCACUACCUCCGGCAUCCAGGUGCGCUACCUGAAGAUCAUCGAGAAGAGCGGCUACCAGGCCCUGCCCUGGGUGCGGUACAUCACCCAGAACGGAGAUUACCAGCUCCGGACCCAGUGAGGACACAGCUGCCAAGCCCACCGCCGAGGAGUGCGCUGGCUCCCUGGACUCCGGGCUCCCCCGGCUGCGUGAGGGGCUGCGCUGUCCAGCGCCUGCCGGCUCUGCCCGGGAGCUGGGCGGGGGCCCUCCCCCUCGUGCCAUCCCGGCGCCGGGCUCCUCCCCGUCGGGCAUGGCGGCCUCGCCCUGGCCGUGCGGCCACCUUGUUGAACCUCGUGCGCCUGCGGGCGUCCCGGGCGUUUGCCUUCAGUUGCCAACGCCGUGCCCGCGGGCCUCAGCGGGGGCGGGGCGCUCGCUCCUCCCGGGCCGCGCCACGGGACCUGACCCCCAGCCAGAUCAGUGUUCCCCACGGGAGGUGGGGCCCAGCGAGGGACACUGGCCUCAGCCUUCCCGCCAAGGGUCCGGGGUGGGGGCCCGCGCCGUCCGCGGCUGUGCCUGGCCCCCGCCCCUCCCCCAGUGUGUGUUGGUGUCAUGGUUCCAGUAAAUUCCCU